AUGGGUGCAAAGGUUGAGAGCGCGGAAGAACUGAGGGAUCAAGGGAAUAUCGCUGUGCAACAACAAGAAUGGAAUCACGCUAUUGAGAGAUACACAGAAGCUCUCCAAUUAUGCACAGAGAGCGACAAACAGCUGAGAGUCACCUUGUACAGAAAUCGAGCACUCGCCAGAUUGAAAAAUGAGGAUUUUGAGGGAGCUGAAGAUGAUGCCAGUAAAGCUGUUGAGGCCGAUGGAGCUGACGUGAAAGCCCUGUUUAGAAGAGCUCUUGCAAGAGAAGAACUCGAGAAGAUUCCUGGCGCAUUCACUGAUGCAAAGGAAGCACUCCGUUUAUCACCUAAAGACAAAAAUGUGACGGAAUUGUUAAAACGGUUGAUGAUUAAAAACAAUGAAUUGGUGAAGAAAGCCACAUCGCUUGACUCAAAAGUUGCUGAUAUGCAAAAGUUGGCCUUUGAGGGAGGAGCAAAAGAUCUUGAACAGAAACGAAAGGCAAUGGCCAACUUGUUGGUAUUGGCUCGUGACUCGGAGAGUGGAGCACAGCGAGUGUGGAAUGGGGGAAAAAUCGUGUCGGUACUCACCAAAAUCUACUCGACAAAGGAAGAAGAUGAAGAAGUAGCUGUGAUGGCAGUUAGAGUUCUCGAUGAGUUGUGCAAAAAUCACAGUCGAGCAAUGCAUUUCCUCGCAAUGCACGACAAAGAAGAAAUAAAAUCUGUGCGUUUCGUCUGCCGAAUUAUGUGCGCAAGACCGGUGGUUGAGUUUGUCGACUCGGCUGGAUUGAUCGUUCAAAGGGUGUUCAACGCAAUGGUCAAAAUGGAUAGACAAAAAGAAAUGAAGCCCGAUCCAGAAGUGGCUGAAAUGAACAAAUUGUGGAUCAUUCGAAUCAUUCUCGAACUGCAAGAAAUGCUCACCGAUAAAACCGUCGGACCUAAGGUUCGCAACACGGUGAUUGAUUUAUUCACAAAGAACCUCAUGCAUAUGGAUGGAGGAGUUCCUCGAGGAUGGAGUUGGAAAUUCACAGAAGAUAGAGGUUUAUUAACUCUUCUUGAUGUUGCCACACAGAUUCCGGAAAUGUGUGAUUAUUUGGUCGAUCAUGAAACAAGACAACAUAUGUCUAUUUGUCUUUCUCGUCUUUAUGAUGACAUGGUUUUUGAUACAAAAAGAACGAUUUUUAAAGAGAGAUUGGAUGGGUUCUUUAACGCUUUGAUGAGGGAAAAUAACGAGCCGAGGAUACAAGUCAAGCUGGGAUGUCUGCUGAUAACAAUGCUACAGGGUCCAGUGGAUGUUGGUCUUAAUAUGGUGACAAAUGAUGAAGUGACAGCGAUGAUGUUGCACAUGGCCGACAGUAAUGACAAAUUGUUACAAAGUGUUGCCGCUGAACUGAUCGUAAUGACAGUCUCAAAGCACGAAAGAGCUACAACGAUGCUUAAGGUUGGAGUGCCAAUUCUUCGCAAACUCUAUGAUUCCGAGGACGAGAAUGUUAGAGUGCGAGCUCUGGUGGGUUUAUGCAAAUGUGCAGCGGCAGGAGGAGAUGACAUUUCAAAAGCAACAAUGAAAGAAGGAGCUGCACUAAAAUUGGCCUCAACUUGUAAAAAGUUCUUGUUGGAGACUGAUAAGUAUUCCGCUGAAGUGCGAAGAUUUGCUUGUGAAGGUCUUUCCUAUCUUUCCCUUGAUGCUGAUGUAAAAGAAUGGAUUGUCGAAGAUCCAUUGCUAUUGAGGGCAAUGCUUGCCUUGGCAAAAACAGCCGGUCCACUUUGUGUCUUUACUCUUGGCUCAAUUUACGCCAAUCUAACAAAUUCAUAUGAGAAGCCAAAAGCUGAUGACAAAUUGGUCGAAUUAGCGAAGUUCUCCAAACAUCACGUCCCCGAAGCACAUACGUUAGAUGCUGAGAAAUAUGUAAGAGCUCGAGCUCGAGCUCUCGUUGAUGAAGGAGCUGUGAGUGCUUGUGUGGCUGUACAUAAAACCGAAUCAAAAGCAGCUAUGGAAUUGUUGGCUAGAGCAAUGCUAGCUUUUGCUGAAGACGAGAAACUCCGUGGUCGAAUAAUAAGCGAAGGUGGAACAAAACUGUGUCUACAUUUGUAUAAAAAUGCAAAUCCAGAAGGACAAAUCAAAGCUGCUCACUGUUUGGCGAAACUUGGAGCCAAAGCUGAUCCAAGCAUUGCUUUUGCCGGACAGCGAGCCUAUGAGGUAGUGAAACCUCUUGUCGACCUGCUCCAUCCAGACAUUGAAGGAAAACCAAAUUAUGAUGCUCUGAUCACUCUCACAAAUUUGGCUGCCAUGAGUGAUUCAGUGCGAAAGAAGAUCCUCAAAGAGAGGGCAGUUCCAAAGAUUGAAGAGUAUUGGUUCAUGACCGAUCACGACCAUCUUCGAGCCGCAGCCUCUGAACUUUUAUUGAAUUUACUGUUUUGUGAAGAGUUCUUCAACGAGACUGUAAAGCCUGGAACCGAUCGAUUGAAGCUUUGGGCAUUAUAUUGUGUAGAAGAAGAUGAUGAGUAUCGAUUGGCUAGGGCAUCAGCUGGUGGCUUUGCAGUUCUCACAGAAGAUGAAGGGGCCUGUAAAAGAAUUAUUUCGGAGCUUAAAAGCUGGCAAGAUCUGUUCAAAGAUAUGAUAAUGCAUGAAGAUCCUGAAAUUCAACGUCGUUGCCUCAUUGGUAUUCGGAAUAUCAUGCAAUCCGACAAGGCUCUUUGUGCUGAAAUCGUGGCGUCUGAGAUUUUCCGAGUGCUCAUUGCGAUCACAAAGCUUGGAAAGAACAAUGCCGAUCGGUUGGGUUCUGUAGAAGAGGCCAAAAAGGCACUCCAAGUAGCUGAAGAGUUUGAUUUUAUCAAAGCAACUGAUCGAGAAAUGUUUGAGAGAGUCAAUAACCUGAACACCGUUGAAGAAGAA